CGCGCUGCCCAUGCUGGAGCCUCGCCGUGCUUCCCUCCCUUCUCCAGCUUCCCUCCCUUCUCCAGCCGCCCGGGAUGGGCGUGCGGAGCGGCGGGAGCGGGCGGGAGCCGCGGGCAGCGCUGGGGCGGCGGCACAUGUGGGGCGGCCGCUGAGCGGAGCCGCGUCCCGGUGUGGGGCUCCCGCUCGCCGGCAGCGGGGCUGGGGACGGUGCUGGCGGCCUGGGAAGGGGCAGCGGUGAGGGGUCGAGCCCCGGUCCCGGGCAUGGCGGAGUCCCUGAGCCCCUGCUCCCCACGGGGCCAGUGCCAGCCCAGCAUGGGCGCCAAUACCUCGUCUGCCAACGUGGACGCCAACGCCUCCUCCUCUGUGGUGGGCGGCAGCGCGUGGAGGGGCCGGGAGCCCUUCUCUAUCUUCACCGUCCUCAUCCUCACCCUGCUGGUGCUCCUGACCGUGGCCACCUUCCUCUGGAACCUGCUGGUGCUGGCGACCAUCCUGCGAGUGAAGGCCUUCCACCGGGUGCCCCACAACCUGGUGGCCUCCACGGCGGUGUCGGACGUGCUGGUGGCGGCCCUGGUGAUGCCGCUGAGCCUGGUGAAGGAGCUGUCGGCCGGGCGGCGCUGGCGGCUGGGCCGGGAGCUGUGCCUCGUGUGGGUGUGCUUCGACAUGCUGUGCUGCACGGCCAGCAUCUGGAACGUGACGGCCAUCGCCCUGGACCGCUACUGGUCCGUCACCCGGCAGCUGCAGUACACGCUGCUCGCCCGCCGCCGCAUCUCCAACGUGAUGAUCGCUCUCACCUGGCUGCUGUCCGCCGCCAUCUCCCUCGCCCCGCUGCUGGGCUGGGGCGAGAUCUACAGCCCCGAGCAGGAGCGCUGCCAGCUCAGCCAGGAGCCGUCCUACACCAUCGUCUCCACGGGCGGAGCCUUCUACCUGCCCCUCUGCGUGGUGCUCUUCGUCUACUGGAAGAUCUACAAGGCGUCCAAGUUGCACAUGGGGGCCCGCAGGAGGAACGCCGUGCUGCCCCUGCCCGAGGCUGCCCAGGUGAAGGAAGCUUCGCAGGAACCACAGAUGGUGUUUACAGCUCGUCGUGCAGCUAUCACUUUCCAGACAGAUGGAGAAACAUGGAGAGAACAGAAAGAGAAAAAAGCAGCUCUGAUGGUUGGCAUCUUAAUUGGAGUUUUUGUACUGUGCUGGAUCCCUUUCUUCAUCACAGAAUUAAUAAGUCCCCUCUGUUCCUGUAACAUCCCGCCCAUCUGGAAAAGCAUCUUUCUUUGGCUUGGCUACUCAAAUUCUUUCUUUAAUCCUCUCAUUUAUACAGCAUUUAACAAAAAUUACAACAAUGCCUUCAAGAACCUUUUUGUAAAGCAAAGAUAAAAGGGGAUACAGAGGAGAAAACGAUUAUUGCAUAAUAGAUUUCUUGAGGGAAACAUGCCUGUGAUAUGAACAGUUGCCAUGCACGAGAGCUACUUGAGGGGAUUUAGCAGCAGUGAAAAAGAAGAUGGAAGAUGUCUGGAUAUAAACCUACUGAGAGUUUACAGUCUCCCCUUAGAAAUACAGAUGUGCUACACCAGUGUUUGGCAAGGAAGGUGGAAGCAGGGAACGCCUCCCGUCUGCUCUUCAAUCAGCACAGGCUGAGUGAGGUGUGCGCGGUGCCGGGGCUGUCACACCCAGCACGGCUGUCACACCUAACGGGGCUGUCACACCCAGCGCGGCUGUCACACCUAACGUGGCUGUCACACCCAGCGUGGCUGUCACACCUAACGUGGCUGUCACACCCGGCACGGCUGUCACACCUAACGUGGCUGGCACACCCAGCGCGGCUGGUCCCGCCCAGCCAGCCACAAGGCCCUGCCGGAGCUCUCCUCAUUAGCAAAGGCACCGUGGGAGCUGCUAAUUGAGCAGUACUAACAUGUUGGUGAUAUGAACAGGAUGCUGGGUUCGGGUUUGAGAUUUAUUUGGGAGGGAAUAAACAUGCUGCAGUCAAUCA